AUGGGGCUCAACCCUGCUCUCGAUGCAAGCAAACCGUCUAGUAUUUCCGAGACCGGGGAUGCUUUUAGUGCCAAAAGCCUAUCGCGAGAAGAUAAUUGGAUGCUUCAGACGUGGGAUAUUGAUUUGACAACACCGGUUCAACCAGAGACAAGCGAACCAAUCAGUCUGCCUUUCCAGACUUCCCUGACAACUCCAAUACAAUCGGAAACAUCCACUCGGCUUGACCAGACAGAGACCUGGGAUUCUACCCGGUCAUUUAACGGGACAGAUGAUCUUAGAAUCGUACCGUCGCUUGAUGGUUUAUCCACUCUCGACCAUGAUGUUCAGCAUGGGCCGGACCUGGAAUGGAGCAGUUUCUGGGCCAUGAACAUGUGUCGUGAUUUCUCCAGCCUAUCCCUGACUCAUGUAAUAUCAAGCCAUAUUAAUAGCGACACGCUGAAGAGUAUAGCCCAGAACAUUUCUGUACGGCUGAGCAGGAAGGUCGCUGGGCAACAUAGUCUAGAACCGAGUUCUUCUUCCCCAGAAGGGGUUCAUUUUGGCGGAUCGUCGCUGGAUGAUCUAGAACUCACUAUGUCUUAUAUUGAUGCAUUUUUCGAUGAUUGUUAUUCAGUCCCAGAAUUUGUUAGUCGUCAGGAAACCCAUACCUUGCUGGUAGACAUGACGUUCAAAAUCAGUUCCCUCGAUCCUUGGGCAAUCAUUUUCAUAAAUAGCGCUCUCGCAAUUGGAAGUCGAGUUAUAUCCAAGCGAGUGGGCACCACCGUAUCGUCUGAUUUGACGAAGAAGUCUCAGGACUAUUUCAGGAUAGCUCUAGCUUCCUGGAAAAAGGCGCAUGGCGGCCCAGCAUGUCUAUUCAAACUGCAGGCAGUUUCCACCAUGGCCCUUUAUGCGUCGAAAGGUUGCGACGCUGCCUUGGCGCGAUCUCUUCUCUCUGAAGCAGUCUAUCUCAUUCAUUUUCUAAUGCCAACACUUGGAGAAUAUUCCACGAGUAUGCCUAAAAGCGAGGAAAGGAAUCACUUUCAAGGAUCUUUCUGGCUGAUAUACUCCUUGGAAAAGCCAUUCAUGAUGCGAUUUGGCGGGCAUUCGAUGAUUGAUGACGAGUUAAUAAUGUUUCCUCCGCCAUUUAGAACUGGACCAAAAGAAGAUUCUCAACAAGAAUUUGACUGGAUUCUAUUGCAUUAUCGCUACGCACGUUUAUGUUCUCUCAUUGUGAAGACGCUCUAUGGUCGCUCAGCCUUGAAACUCACGCAGUCAGAUACAAUGACAAGUAUCAAUAGGCUCCAAAAAGCUCUAGAGACAUGGAGAUUAUCCAUUCCAGAGCGUUACAGACAGUUAAAUGCCAUGCAGAAACGCCCUGCAGAGGAGUACUCUACAUGCAUAAGAGCAGACUUACAGUUAAAGCACGCAGAAGCUGGUCUUGCUAUCCACCGCUGGGCAGUUGUUUGUCCGACAGCUCUUUGUUUCAAUUAUGAAAUGGCAUAUUCAGACAGUUUACAGCAUUGUACUCACUUGGUAGAGGGACUACUUAACGGAACAAGACUACUUGAUCAGGAGACCUGCAGCCUUAACUGGACGCAUCUUAGUAUUCCUCUACUGGCAGCUGUCGUCAUGUUUAUAGUAGCUGUAAAAGCCGAGUCACGGGGCGAACAUUUCGCACCUUUAGGAAUCGCCAGCGGAUGUUUUGGAUGGCUGAAAAGGCGGAUGGCCACCAGCCCUCAUCCGGAAUUCUUUGAGGAGGUCAACCAACUAAGCUUGAUGGUCAAUAGACUUCUUUACGAGCAGGAUACUCAAAUGUUGCAACCAAGUCUCUUCGAUUAUAAAGGCCAAUCAUAUAUUGGUCAAAUCAGUUCCGUAAAACAAGUCUCGCCGAUAAACUUGAACGCGGCAUCGCUUACCAAACAAUCGGCUAAUAUGGGAUCGAGAAGCCCUUCUCUGGGUGAUAUUCACUUUAUAGACAACUCUUUUCCGUGGGAUGCGCAAGGUGGAUGA